UUUCCUCAAGCAAUGUUACCUGUACUGAAAAAUUUGCCUAUUUGCAAUUUACUCUAUGCAUCGCUAGUACGGUCGAGCGAUCUACUAGCGGGAAUAAAACUGCGUCGCGCAGCUUCUAUUUCUUUCGUUCAAUUGCAGGUUAAGUUUGGUGCGUGCUGCACUAUUGAUUUUCCCAGUAAACGCCGAACAUUCACAACGUACAAAAUGAGCGACACGAAAUUGAACGGCAGCCCCAAAAUUAACGGGUCCGAUUCGAAGACUCCGUUUUUGAUCGGUGUUUCAGGAGGUACGGCCAGUGGAAAGAGCACAGUAUGCAAGAGGAUAAUGGAAAAGCUGGGACAAGUUGACAUGGAUCAGACACAAAGACAAGUUGUAUGUAUAUCACAGGACAGUUUUUACAGGGAAUUGACACCUUCAGAGAUUGCCAAGGCUGAAAAAGGUCAAUUCAAUUUUGAUCAUCCAGAUGCUUUUAAUGACGUUCUUAUUAGAGAAACACUACAGGACAUUCUGGCUGGAAAGAUUGUACAAAUACCAACAUAUGAUUACAAGAAUCAUUCACUAAACAAGGACGUGUUUCUUACAAUAUAUCCUGCUGAUGUUGUCCUAUUUGAAGGCAUUUUAGUGUUUUAUUGGCCUGAAAUAAGGAAUUUGUAUCAUAUGAAACUGUUUGUUGACACAGAUUCAGAUACAAGAUUAGCCAGAAGAGUGCCAAGGGACAUAAAUGAAAGAGGAAGGGAUUUAGAACAAGUACUUAAUCAGUAUAUGAAUUUUGUGAAGCCUGCUUUUGAGGAAUUUUGUUUUCCAACAAAAAAAUUUGCUGAUGUAAUUAUACCCAGAGGCGCUGAUAAUAAUGUUGCGAUCGAGUUGAUAGUACAGCACAUAAGAGAAAUUUUGUUGAAUAGAGGGAGGAAAUCGGAAGAGCGACAUGUAAUAGUGCCGCCUCCUACUUUUUUGAAGUCUCCUGGAUCAUCACCUUCCAAGAGGUCCAACACAAAUCCUGAUUCGAUGUUCAAGAGGCCUCACUAAAUACAAAAAACACUAACAUUCUAGAAUUUAUGUUUUGUUGUGCCCUUUAAGGGCAAUGUUUUGUAUGAAUUUUUUAUGUUUGCAGGUUGUGAAUUAGUUUAACUAAAUUGCUUAACCUAGAGCUUUAGUUUCCUAAAUGAUAGUUAAAUAACACGUGAAACGUACAAAUAUUUUAUGGUACAACUAUUUAUGUAGUAUUUGGAUAUCUUCCAUGACUAACAAAAAAGGCGUUAUCUAAUCCAAAUGACUUAUUUCUCAACUUUUAAUUUGUAGUUAAGCAGAUAUUUUUAUUUCUAUAAAUUUGACGUAAAUGUUAAUUUACGUACUAAUGAACAAAAUAUUUGAUGUAUAUUACAAUAAUAAUUAAUUAUAAGGAUUUCUCAUACUUUUGUGAUAAUACUGGAACUGAACUGUUGGAAAAAACGUAAUGAAUCAUGCACACUAAAUCAAAUUUGUAAUUAAUGUGUGCCUUAAGAAUGUAUUAAUGUGAUGUGGAGUAACAUUUUUAAAUUAUUUAUUUUUAUAACUACAAAUGAAUGCUUAAACAAUUUAUCUUUUAUUUAAAUUCGGAUCAUGUCUUGCCAAUGUUUUCCAUAAAAAUAAAUAUUUGUACCAAAACCUAACAGUUUUUUGAGCUUUAGUAUAACUCACUAUUCAUUAACAUUAGCAGUUGCUCAACUUAUUGUUCAGAUAUUAGAAAUGUAGAAUACUUUUUAUAUUUUGAUUUGCUACAAUUUUAGGUAUUAAAUACCAAGUUAAUUAGAAUGCAAUAAUCUAAAAUGAAUCAUUUUUUUUUUCUAAACGUUGAGUUUUGGCUCAUUAAAAUGUGUUAUAGAUUAGAAAUUUUUGUCACUAACAAACUGUGUUGUGAUUUUUAUUAUUUGUUGUGAUAUUUUGCCAAAACAUAUUUAUUAAAGUGUUAUACUUUAGACAAAUUAUUUUUGUUUGUAAUGAAUAAAUAAAAGUAAUUUGAAUA